UGCAUUGGUGUGUAUGUGUGUCUGUACAGAUCUUAAAGUGUUGCAAGACGUUAGCUUUCAAGUGUUGGAAAACAUAGCUAGAUCGUUAAGCGUUCAGUUGCCAUCUCACUUGCACUUAGGCGUCGCCGGCAAAGCGUGAAUGUCAAAUUUAGUUUAUCUGACGUGAGCUUGUUAGGUUGCUUCGUUUAUUCUCUCUUAGCAAAACAUUCAGAAAACCUACGAAUGACAACAAUAGUCUCAAAACAAAAUUAGCCACAAACAUAUAUGCGCAUGUAUAUACGUGUAGUAUAAGUAUAGAACGUAUAGAACGAAAAGAAGGAGGACGUUGCCGCUGCUGUUCAUAAAAAGCGCCAGUGUACUUAAUUGAAUACCAAUAACGAAAUGGAGCCCACAAAAGUCAAAGGCUUACUCUUGGAGAAGUACCAUGGAUUGUGUAAUUACUUGGAACGCGACACAGUGGGCAGUGAACUGGCAAUCUAUGGCACUUCGACCCUGAUGCUGCUGGUUGCCUAUAUGAAGCGCAAGCCUGCUUAUCUGGUGCGACAGUUCAAGCAACCCUCGCAUAUACCCGAACGCAUUAUCAACGAACGUAUUAUGCACACUGGCACUAUACGUGGUGUACAGCAACGCGAUCAGGAUACACUGCUGCUAAUCAAGCAUCGUCCACUGUUGCCAAUCUUCACAAGUCGCGAUAAAUUGCUGCCCGUGAAGCUGCCAGGUGUGCGGGUCAAUGCCAAUGGUUAUUCCUGGCUGCAACAGUGUCUGGUUGGACGUGAAGCGACCUUUAUACCACUGAACAAGAGCCAGUCCCAAGACUAUAUAGUCUGCCAGCUGUGUCUGGUACAUCCGCCCAAGGGCAACAGACUUCUAGAUGUGUCCGAGACGCUGCUGAAAUUAAGCUUUGCCAAAUAUGCACAGGAUGUGGCAUCGGCUCUUAAAAGGAACAACAAAUACUAUAAGCAUCUGCGGCAGGUGGAGAGCAGCACGGCCAGCAAGGAAGCCUGGUUAACCUGGGCAUCACGUUAUCCGUACAUCUGGCAGCGUUUCCAUCAGCUCAAGGCAUCACUGCUGCCCAAGGAAAAGCUGUUGCCAGAGUUAGUGCGCUGAUCGGCUGAUCGGUGGCACUUACUAUAUACAUACACGUCUCUCCAUCUUUAGUAAAUAAGCUCGGUGCAGAACGUAGAUAUUUGUUAAUUUAAUUAUAAGACGCCGUAGUAAUCCCAAUCUAUUCAAAACUGUACGUGCUAAUGCUGUGAAUUUUCGCAGGAACGCCAGAAUUUUUUAUAAACAAUUGUUGCUAUUGUUUUUUUUUGGUAUGAAAUAUGUGCGAAUGUGUAUGUAUGAGUUAUUACUAGACGCAUUUGUGUGAGUGCAUUCUGCUUUUAUACAUAGCUACAUAUGAUUCAAAAUAAAACGUUUAAAUACAUAUUUGUUACGUA